GGAAUAAGCAUUGAUGUUUGACAGUAAGUGAAUCGUUCAAACGUAGAAAAUUUCUUACACAUUUUCAGCAGUUGAGAGGAAGAGGAAAAGGUGUGAUUAAUAGAAUUAUGAGAGUGAGUUUUUGGCUAUCUAAUAUAUGAUACAUUAAUUUAAAGUGAGAAAAAAUUCAAAAAAAAAAGAGAAAAAAGAUAAAUAACAUUGUAGGUCAUAGAGAGAUGUCAUAUCAUUUUGUCUAUGCCUAGUUUUAUAUUAUAUAUAGAUUUGUUACAACACUCCGAACAUAUCUACAUUUGGUUAAAAUUAUAAUUAUAUAUCGUAAAUAUAGUCUACGUGUUUGCACUGUCGCAUAAUUUUUUCAAAAAAAAGCAAAAGAGAAAUAUGUCUGUAAGUUGUAACUCCCCUCUACACUCUACAGUCCCUCCUUUCCCCUCUGCCAGCCCACAACUGUCACUUGCUUUGGCAUCAAAUUAGAAUCUCUGGUCUUUUCUUUAAUUUUCGUUCAUUUCCCACAAUGCUUCUCUAAUUAGAAUCCAUCAAAGACCAAACACACCCUUUUUAGGGUUCUUCUCAAUAUCUGAAUUUCAAGUGCACUCUUUGGACGCCUUUGUCAAAGAACCGCCUAUGCGGUGAUCUGGUGUGUGGUUUUAUUUUACAAAUUUGGAAGCAAUGGGAAGCAGUAAAUUCCCGAAGCAUUACUUAAUUGUAAUUUUGACCUUCAUCUGCACGUCAGUCUGCUACGUAGAGCGGGUGGGCUUUUCUAUUGCGUAUACUGUUGCUGCUCAUGCUGUAGGAAUAAAUCAGAGUAGCAAAGGUGUAAUCCUUUCAACCUUUUAUUAUGGUUAUGCCUGUUCACAAGUACCUGGUGGCUGGGUUGCUCAAAAGAUAGGGGGACGCCGUGUCCUUCUCCUUUCAUUUGUUUUGUGGUCGCUAACUUGCGCUUUUGUACCCCUUGACCCAAGCAAACCGAUGAUCCUAGUAAUAGCCCGCUUUCUUGUUGGGGUGGCUCAAGGUUUCAUUUUUCCAUCUAUUCACACUGUCCUUGCACAGUGGGUACCACCACAUGAAAGAUCACGAUCUGUUUCUUUUACAACCUCUGGAAUGUACUUAGGUGCAGCUAUGGGUAUGCUUAUGCUUCCUAGCCUGGUGAAAUUUAGGGGUCCUCAAUCUGUAUUUCUAGCUGAAGCAUUUUUAGGUGCAAUGUGGUCAUUAGUCUGGUUCAGUUAUGCUACUGAUCCACCUCGUUCUGACCAUCGAAAAGCAACUGCUGCUGGCUUUGGGGAAUCAUUACUUCCCAUCAAAGGGAGUUCAAAGAUGAAGGCAGAUAAUGCCAGUAAAAUCCCUUGGAAGCACAUCCUCGUUAGCUUACCGGUUUGGGCCAUUGUUGUGAGCAAUUUCACUUUUCAUUAUGCUCUUUAUGUGCUUAUGAACUGGCUUCCAACAUACUUCGAAUUGGGUCUCCAGCUCAGCCUUCAAGAAAUGGGUUCAUCCAAAAUGCUGCCCUACUUCAACAUGUUUAUAUUUUCAAAUAUCGGUGGGGUGAUUGUGGAUCACCUUGUCACCAAGAGAAUCCUGUCUAUUACUAAAACCAGGAAAGUUUUAAACACAGUGGGUUUCAUGGUUGCAUCUAUUGCAUUAAUGGCUCUUCCUUUGUUCAGAACAUCUGGUGGCGCUUUAUUUUGUUCCUCUGUGGCUCUUGGUUUCUUGGCAUUAGGAAGAGCUGGGUUUGCAGUUAACCACAUGGACAUCGCUCCAAGAUAUGCAGGAAUUGUUAUGGGAGUUUCAAAUACAGCUGGUACAUUAGCUGGAAUAGUUGGGGUUGACCUAACUGGUCGACUACUAGAAGCUGCUAAAGCCACUGAGUUAGAUCUUUCCAGUCCAGGUAGCUGGAAACCCGUGUUUCUCAUCCCAGGGGUGCUUUGCAUUUUUAGUUCUUUUGUUUUCAUACUAUUGUCCACUGGGGAGAGAAUUUUUGACUAAAGUGUUUGUGCAUAUACAGCAGUUAAUCUGUAUCUAUAUUUUGGAGAAGCAGAAUAUAGCAUAGUUUAGGCUCUACAGUUCAAAUUGGAUAGUUCUUGGAAAUAGCUACUGGUAGUUGGGACCAUUCAUACAGUCUUCAAUAGCCUUCUUAUUACUGAAGAGAGAUAUUUAUACAAUGUUCAAAAGGUUCUACGACUUCAUUGACAGAUUCUUCUGGACUGAGAGAUAUUGCUUCUUGCUCCAGCUGUUGCUGCUAAAUAUACUGGUUGAUUUAUGGAGCUUUAACAAGCUGAAGUUUUAGAAAUCUGUACUGCACAAAUGUCAACGGAGGUGUUCCAUGGUGGUAGCAGACGUUUUCUCAGAAAUAGGUGUUUAAUCUGAACAGAAGCAUAUAGGAAAUAAGUGGUAGAAAAUACUUUUUGUAUCAUGAUUCCAAAAAUCUGAUAGUCAACUAUGAAUCUUUUUUUGGUUAACUCUAUUAUCUUAGUCAUGUACCAGUAGUUGAUGAGCUGAACUUCUUCUGAGACCAAAAGCUCGGGUUGUUUUACUCACUAUAACUGAAGUUUUGUUUCUCGGAAUAUAGUUUCUUUCAUUGAAAUAUGAAAGAAUUAUUUGCAGAAAUAUGUUUCAUUCUUAGCUGUGCAGUUAUGUUUUGCUAGUUCAGUUUCAAGUUUUAUAGAUUGUGCAGAGCACUGUCAAGAUGCGAACGUACCAUCUGAGGCACCGAGAGCACAUGCUUAGUCCAUGUUUAUCAUUCUAUCUGGUAUUUCAUUUUCUUUUUCCUUUUAAUUAUUGAAGAUCUAUCUGUUAUUCUUUGUUAUCAAAAAGAUCUAUCUGGUAUUCCUUAUCGACUGCUUUGGGUUCUGGAAACAAUUGUGCAACCAUCAGGUCUAAUAUAGUUAGAUGUGCAUAUAAUUGUGUCUCAUCCAUCUAAGGUUGAAAUUCCUUUCUGGGAAGUCUUUUCCAAUGCUGAAGCUACUGCAGUCUUUUUUUCAUUGUUCUGAAAGAUUUUGUGAUGAUCUCAUCUGUGUAAUCUUUUGAAAACAAGAUCCAAACCCCCACUUCUACUAGGAUGAAAGCUCAUAAUGUUGUGCUGACUGGUGAGCACUGUUCAAUGUCCAUUUAUUUGUCUGGCACUCUUCUUCUGACGUAUACAUGCGCUCCAACUCACCAUGUCUCAAGAAAUUAUGAUAAUUGCAAUAGUGUGCUUAUUUUUCCAACACCUGCAGGGGGGAUACGUUCAACUGUUAGAUUAAAAGAAAAGGUAGUAUUCAGCUUCCAAGGUGCAUUAAGUCAAGUUAUUGUGUUAGUGUUCAUCAGAUGGGGAAAGGAAUUGAACUGGCUAAAUUAUGUGAGCCUUAAAGGGCUUAGGAAGCAGCGCGGAUAAGCUAAGAAGCUUUGUAGAAAUCAGGUGAAGUAUAUGUUAUUUGCGUAUCAUGGGAUGAGGUCAAAUAGUGUACUGUAAUCUGCAGUUUGAUAAAUAUAUGUUGUUUUGAUAA